CUCCGCCGUCUGUUCCCUUCGGAAACUCAAUGGCGUCGCCCGACGACGAGUCCGCGCAGCCACCAUCGAAGCGGCCCCGACGCGAUGCCGAACCUGAGGUGGACGCCGCUGAGCCAUCACCGCGCGUGGUGCUCAACCCAGCGGACUGCGAUCUCGACUUCGAUGUAGGCGGGGGCGGUCUCCGGGGGAGCGCGCUUCACGAGGGCGGCUUCGCCUACUGCUGGUCCGGCGCGCGCGCGACGGUGGGCGCCAGGGGCGGCGGGCGGUACUGCUUCGGGUGCAGAAUCGUCGCUGAGCAGCCGGUGGAGAUGGAUCCCACGACCUCCGGGGAGCGCCACCUCUGCCGCAUUGGGGUCUCGAGAGGGGAUGAUCCCGUAGGUGCGCUCGGGGAGUCCCAGCACAGCUUCGGGUUCGGGGGCACGGGGAAGUUCUCCCACCAGCGCAGGUUUGUCAACUACGGCGUCAAGUUCGGCGUCGGCGACACGGUCGUCUGCGCCGUGGACCUCGAUUCCAAGCCCAUGGCGUCGAUAGGGUUCGCGAGAAAUGGCGAAUGGCUUGGUAUUGCGAGGCAUUUUGAUGCGGGCGAGAAAGGGCUUGGUCUGGUUGACGCUCCUCUGAGGCCGAUGCGAUGGGGAUCCGCACUGUUUCCCCAUGUCCUGCUGAAGAAUGUUAUCGUGGAGAUGCAGUUCAGCAGGGAGGAUGGGCUGCUGCCUGUUGAUGGUUAUGAACCCUGGGCCUCAGCUUUUUCUCAAAGGAAUUCAGUAUUUGGCCCUUCGUUUGAGCAAAAUAAAUGUGAGGUCAUGAUGAUGGUCGGUCUUCCGGCCUCUGGCAAGUCAACAUGGGCAGAGAAAUGGGUCAAGGAGCAUCAGGAGAAACGUUAUAUCCUUCUCGGAACUAACCUUGUAUUGGAGCAAAUGAAGGUGCCAGGAUUAUUGCGUAAGAAUAACUAUGGUGAGCGUUUUGAACGACUGAUGGAUUAUGCUACAUGGAUUUUCAACAAACUGCUGACUAGGGCUGCAAAUACCCCUCGCAACUUCAUUAUCGAUCAAACGAAUGUUUACAAGAAUGCUCGCAUUCGCAAGCUGAGGCCAUUUGCUAACUACCGCAAGACUGCUGUGGUCAUGUUCCCAACUCCAAGUGAACUGAAAUCCAGGGCAGCGAAGCGUUUCAAUGAGAUGGGAAAGGAAAUACCAGCUGAAGCAGUUAACGAAAUGACAGCCAAUUUUGUCCUACCACUCUCGAAGGAUAUGCCUCAUUCGAAGGAGCCUUUUGACGAGGUAAUCUUCACAGAGCUUUCUAGGGAUGAGGCUCAGAGAACCCUAGAUGAUAUGCAGCGUGUGUUGCCAAGAAAUGUGACCCCAAGCUAUGGAAACUCUGGCAACCAAAAACAUUAUAGUUCAACAUAUGCUGGGACUGCUGCUCCACUUGAUCCUAGUGCAAGGUCAUCAAUGCCAGGCUUUUAUCCACCAACGGCCAAUUCAUAUGGAGUUGGCGACCUACGUAGCAGUGCUGCUACUUUCAGCACAGGUGUGCAUACUGAAGGCAACACAACACAUGGACAGACACCCUGCAGCGUUCGAAGUUUCCGGAGUCCAACAGGAAACCAACAUGGAAUCCAUUCAAGCUAUCCAAGUGCUCCAAACCAAUAUCAGAUGCCCUCAAGCUACCUGAGUAACUCAAACCAAUAUGAAGUCCGUGCAAGCUACCGAAGUACACCACUUCCGGGAUAUGGACAGAGUACAUAUGCUUCCCGCAGGAACCCAAGCCCAUACAAUUCUGAGAUGCACCAAGGUAUUCAGGCUCCCAUGAGUAGCAGGAACCUCUACCGAGCACCUGGGUCAGCCGAAGCCUAUGUGGCACCUUGCUAUGCAGCUGGAAAUCUGAUUGGGAGGCCACAUCAGGUGUUAUCACCAUCAACUUUUCCAGCACAUGGUCCACAACCAGCUGCUCAGUGGGUGCCAAAUCAAGGUAGUUCCCGCUCAUGGAGUUCUGACAGUUACAGGCCUUACUAUGGACAAUAGUCUCAUGAUGUGCACCGGCCGUCGAAUGCUGCUUUGGCACCACAUCCUAGCUAUGCUAUCGUCACGGUUCUGCACCAAACUACAUGAAUCAAUGGCGGAGACCUUGGUAGAAUUAGCUUUGAUGGCAGCUUGUUUAUUUUCUAUAUAAAUAAGGCCAUGUUUGGUUUCAAUUAGUCUUAGGACUAAACUUUAGUCCUAGGACUAAACUUUAGUCCCUACUUGUUUGGUUCUAGGGACUAAAUAGACUCAAAUGCUCUUGGAAUACACUCAUGUGGGCUUUUAGUCUCUUUUAGCACCUAUGUGAAGGACUAAAGACUAAAUCAUUUUAGUCCAUAUUUUAGUCCUAGUGUUUGGCAAAAAAGGGACUAAAUGGGACUAAAAACUAGAGACUAAUCUUUAGUCCCUCUAACCAAACACCCCCUAAAACGAGAGGUGUAAAUAACAGUGCUCAGGUUCUACUCGUUCUAGGGAACCUUCGUGCGUCUGUUACGUACAAAGCUACGCAUUUAGCAACACGUUUGUGAAUUACCUUCUUC